GCUCCGCGAGUGUGGCCGGAAGCCGGCGCCCGUGAGGAAAGUCUGUAAUCCACGCCCUCUCACACCGCCCUUUCCUGGGCGAUACCCACCGAGUGCGAGCUCGGCGCUCGCCCGGCACGCUGCGUGCCGAGCACACCCACCGGGCGCGGCGCUACGCGGUCCUCGGGCCUCCCCGCGGGCGGGGCCCCGAGAAGCCUGCCUUUGAGUGGAAGGCGGGAAAAUGGCGGACUCCUCGGAGCGGAGCGCGGGGAAGCCCACAGUCACUGGUGCCCACAAGACAAAGGGAAGGAGAGUACAAGGAGGAAGAGUGGUUGGGUCCAGGUACCUGGAUUAUGAGAAGAAAACGAAGAAGCAGGUGGUCCCUGGAUCUGGCUAGAGUCUUGAGUGUCUACUGUCAUGGUCACAUUAGCCUGCUGCUUUCUCCUGUGACUGAAUGGCUCUCAGAAGGGCUGAUCCAGGGUGGAGUUCUCUCACAGGUUGAGGAUUCUUGGAGGAUCUCAUCUCAUGUCCUGAGUAAAGCCACUUCCCUCAGUGUGGGGCAGGUUUCUAUAUCAGCUGCUGGGAAGCCACCUGAGGGAAGGAAGACCAGCGCAUUGCCAAGGAGCAAAGAAGACAGCCGGGUGAUGGGAAGAGGAAACCUGCAGUCCACCAUGCUGGAAGGGCACAGCACAGCUCCACGCGACCUAGACCUUUCAGCCAUCAACGACAAAAGCAUGUUCAGAGAGCCUCCCCAGCUAGACAGGACAGCGUCAGAGAAAUCCGAGUCGACGUCCUUCACCACCCCUCAGAGAAAGAGAACCCUUCACAAGAAGAGACGGGAUCUGCAGCAGACCAUGGACAUGAUGGAGUCGCAGACAUUGCUGCUGACCCUGCUGUCUGUGAAGAUGGAAGAGAACCUGACUCUGCUGGAGGAGAAGGCUGAGAAGGACUUGGCAGCCGUGUGCCGUGAGAAGGAGAGGCUACAGGGGCGGGUGCUGGAGCUGCGGCGCCAGCUGCUGCUCCGGCAGAAACACCAGGAGCUGGCUACCAUCCUGGAUGCCCAGAUGGAGGUGCUCGGCCCUUUCCAGGCUGUAUCAGAGCGCUUCAAGGAGCAGUACAAGACACUGGCCACAGCCUUGGACACCACUCGACAUGAGCUGCCCCUGCAGGCCGUCCACAUGCAGGGGAGUGGACAGGAGCUCCUAGAUGAUCUGCAGCCAGCCCUGAGGACCACCCUGCAGCUCCUGGGCGAGCUGGGCAUCUGCUCCCGGGACUCCACUGCACAGGUGCCGGAGGACGCCACUGCACAGGUGCUGUGCCUGCUGGAGGAGCUCCGGGACUUGACCGCCAAGAAGGACCUGGAGCUCCACAGGAUCAUCUGCCAGGUGCUGGAACUUUCCUCCCAGGCCAGUAAAGAAGCAGCCUUGAUAAACCAGGAAGUCUGGGAAGAGGCCCAGGGCACCCCCACGGUCAGCCAGUGGUACUUCAGCCCAGACGCCCUCAGGGGCCACAGUCCCUGCCCUGGACAGAACUAAUCACAGUGCAGGCCUGACCCUGGAAUGGCUCCAGGCAGCCUGUCUGCCACUUUGUGAGCGUUUCCCCAGCCGCCUGUUCGGCCGCUCAUGCUCCCUCCUCGCCUUUUCCUCAGACACCGAAGGAGGUUCCGGUGGUGCAGUUUUCUGACAAAAUUUUGCACUUUCAUUUUCUACACUUUCCAUUUGGGACAUCACCAGCACUUCUGGGUUUUGUUUUGAGGUUUUGAGACCGGGUCUCUGCAGAGCCCUGGCUGUCCUGGAACUGAGUGACUACCAGGUCCCCAGCCCCUGUCCUUGCUAUUUAAUCCCAGCACUCAGAGUCCAGGGCCAGCCUGAUCUACAGAGUGAGUUCCAGGACAGCCAGAGCCACACGGAGAAACACUGUCUGGAGAAAAAUAAAUAAAUUCUGAUG